CCGAGAGAGAGAGAGAGAGAGAGGGGGUAGAGAGAGAGGUACCAGGAUCCAUGGAGCAUGUCACAGCGCUGGGGUUUUCUAUGUCUUCUUCUUGUCCACGAUGCACUUUAGGAUUUCAAUAAGAUGCGUGUGUGUUUCCAGAUAGUAACUUUCCUCUGCGCCUUCAACUUCCAGCAGCUCACAGCUCAGGAUCCUGCCUGUUGCAAUCAUGCAGCUGAGUUCUCGUCUUGCAAAGAAGCUUGUGACCAGCUCGCCACGAUAAAGAGUGAGUCUCGUCUGAAGCACCUCCUUCAAAGGUUACCCAGUUACUGUCCAGAGUCUAUGAAUGAACUGUGGAUGUGCAUCAACUCGACUCUUCCAGGAGUAUCCAGGAAAUCCGAUGGCUGGGUGGGGCUGGGAUGCUGUGAGCUGGCUAUCUCAGCUGAGUGUCGCAGGGAAUGCAGACAGGCAACAUCUAAAAAUGACAUAACAAAAGUUUGCAAAAAGAUCUCAGAGAAUUCCCUCUACAGCUGCAUCACCAAAAAUGAAAUGGGCUCUACAUGCUGCAGCUACGCAGGGCGUCACACCACCUGUAGGGAGUACUGCCAAGCCAUCUUCAGGACCGACUCAACACCCACUGUGUCUCAGAUCAAUGCUGUCAAAGAGUAUUGUCAGAGUCACAACCCUGAGCUGCUCAGCUGUGUCAACAACUUCACCAAGUCCUACCCCAUACGCAGCCCCAUAGACAGUCUGUACUGCUGUGACCGGGCAGAGGCUACCCACUGCCAGGUCGCCUGCCGGAAGAUCCUUCGCACAAUGAGCACAGAGCAUGAGAUCAUGGAGGGUUUGAUCGAUCAGUGUGGCUCCCAGCCCCUCCCUCAGGAACCCAUGUGGCAAUGCUUUCUGGGCAGCGCUAACCCUCCUCCCCCACCUGAAGAAGAGACCCCCCAUCCUGCCAAAAUGGACUGUGCCAAACUGCACUGCUGCUCCAAGGCCAACACCUCACUCUGCAGGGACAUGUGUCAGGAGAUCAGCACUAACUGGGGCAGCCAAACGUGGCAGGACUUCGACCAGCUCUGUGAAUACAACCCAGUGGAGACAGAGCUCAUCAACUGCCUGGCUGAUGUCCGAGAACCCUGCCAGCUGGGCUGCAAGGACCUCUCCUACUGCACCAACUUCAACAACAGGCCGACAGAGCUGUUCCGCAGCUGUAAUGUCCAGUCAGACCAGGGCGCCAUGAACGACAUCAAGCUGUGGUCCAAUGGAACGAUCAAGAUGCCGUUCAUGAACAUCCCCGUGCUGGACAUCAGGAAGUGUCUCCCGGACAUGUGGAAGGCCGUAGCCUGUUCCCUGCAGAUCAAACCCUGCCACAGCAAGUUCAGAGGGAGUGUCAUUUGCAAUUCAGACUGUGUGGACAUCCUGACCCAGUGUGGGGACAGGAAACGUUUCCAUGAAGGACAAACACCAGAGAGGAUCUGCGAACUGCUGUCACCCAUUGACGACCCUGAACGCUGCAUCCCCCUCCACAGAUACCUCACCCCCAGUCCCCUUGGCGACAGUAUUGUUGAGGAGGUUGUCCAUCCAUGCAACCCCAACCCCUGUCCCAGCAACCACUUGUGCCAGGUCAACAGGAAGGGUUGCCUUGAUGAACUCAACUGUCAGCCAUACCUCUGUGUUCCAGGCUGUAAACUAGGUGAAGCCUCUGAGUUUCUUGUGCCGCUGGAUUCUCGUAUCCAGGUGCCGACUCGCACUGGUCCUGCUGGGUGCUACGAAGUGUGCAGCUGCGGUCCCAGUGGGCGUCUGGAGAACUGUGUGGAGACGCCCUGUAUUGACAUCAACAAGCCCUGCAUCGUAGGAGGACAGAGGAAGAGCCAUGGGACAUCCUUCCGGAUUGACUGUCACACUUGUUCCUGCUUCGCUGGAAACACCAUCUGCUCCACCAGAGAAUGUCUCCGCCUCGGCAACUCAGCCGAGGACCGACGACACUUUACUGGUCUGCCCUGUAGUUGUCCGGACCGCUUCAUCCCAGUGUGUGCCUCUAACGGGCGGACCUACCCCUCUGCCUGUGUGGCUCGCUGUAUGGGAUUCAAGGACCAUCAGUUUGUAUUUGGCCAGUGCCACCUGAGCAACCCCUGUGCCGACAAACCAUGCCAGAGAAAUCAGAGGUGCAUCCCAAAGUUCCGUGUGUGUCUGAGUGAUUCAUCUAACUGCCCACAGUUUGAGUGCGUUGGCCGGCCGGUGGCAUGUGAUAAGAACAGCGUGGAACCCGCCUGUGAUACUGACGGCCUGGUCCACCCAAGUCUGUGCCACCUGCAGCAGGCUGGGAAAGCUCUGGCUUACAUGGGUCACUGCCAGGAUGCCUGCAGGAAGCGACAGGAAGUUUGUGGCCAUAAUGGCGAGUCCUACAACACAGUGUGCGAAGCCUUCUCUGACCGUGUGGCUGUGGACUACGAGGGCUCCUGCCACGCUGUGGGGGCCGUGUCCGACGGGGCCCCCGAGUCCGCCUGCAGUUUGAUUCCCUGUCCACCUCUGUCGACUCCAGGCUGCCACCCUAUCACACCACCUGGAGCAUGUUGUCCAAUCUGUGCCAGUAUGCUGCAGAUCCUGUGGAACAAAGAUCAGAUGAACACUUUCUCUAAGCUGAACAAGAACCAGCCAUUGACGGUCCAUGAUGUCCUGCGGCUCCUGAGGCUUCAUGUCUCUGUGCCACAGUGUGACGUCUUCGGCUACCUGAGCAUCGACCAUGAGCUGGUGGUCCUCAUUGCCCCGGUGGACCAAGAGCCAACCCCACUGCAGAUUGAAGCCUGCAGCAAAGAGGCCGAGAAGAUCGAUUCCCUCAUCAACUAUGCCAGCCCCACACUGGUCUCCCACGUUCCCCUCUCCGCCUUCCUCGCCUCCGAGAUCAAGAUCUCCUCCAUCCAUUCCUCCGCUGGUGCUCCGACUUCACCUCUGGCCCCCGGCAUCUGUCUUCUCCUUGGCCUUCUCCUCGCUGCAGCAUAAGUCUUUA